CGGCCCUUCACGGGACGGGUACGCCAACGGACAUUUGGGGAAGAGUUAGGUGGGCUCCAGGUUGGACAAACGUUGGAGGGAAGUGAAAUAACGGACGCUCACUGCCUCAAUUUACUACUCCUUGCCGUUCAAACGUCAUUACAGGCCUAUCACUGCGUCGUGCUGUGCACCCACGGACCCGUUCAGUACCCCGUGGGCUGGUAUUGUGUUGGACUACAACACCAGCCGGGCCAUUCAUCAGAGAGAUUUGUCUGUUCAUGUCGACAGCUACACUACAUAUUACAAAGCAGGUGCACGGUGAACCAUUGAGACGCCUAGAUAUGAUUUUGUUGUCCCGAGUGUCAUUAACAGGCGACAUAGCCAGCUAGCGUGACCCAGACACAUAACCAACACACUGCAAAUACCAAGUUAUAACGAUGUAUCCGACGUGUACGCGGACAGAGAAUCAAAGAAUAUUUGCUUAUCCUACAAGCUGAAUGUUCAUUUGCGGGAACGUUAAUAGCAUAGGACACGCUAAAACCCUACUGACGGUACCUAAAACGUUAGAUUUUGGUUGGAAGUUUAGUUGCAAUUGUUAUUCCCGACUUGGGGUAUAAGUGUGCUAGGUGUCGCGUAUGUAACACGACAAUACAUUUGAAGUCUUGAAGUAAAUAUAUUAUAUUUCGAAAAUGCCGGCGAACGUUGCUCGCGAGUCUCUGAUGUCCAAGUUCAAGGCCCAUUACAAAAAGAACAAUCAUCCAUUGACGCCCGAGUUUGUUAUUGCGCACGCCGUGCCUAUGUUCUUCUUCACUAUCGUCGGCACAUGGGUGAUUGGCAUCGCCGAUGUCCUACCCACCAUCUACAGGGACAAGGGACCGACUACGGUGCUGCUGCAGAGACUGUUCGUAUCCUUCCUCUUCGCCGAGAUGAUGAUGAAUUGGCUGUGUAUCCGAUACGUGGAUUCGUCCUACUCCCAUUAUAAGAAGUCAGGUCAAGGUCACUCGAUUGAUGUGGAAGGUCAAGGCGAUGGGAAAGGAAAAACUUCCGUUGAGAACAAUGAAAACGGAAGUCGGACGCCGCAGACCGCUGGGCUGCGUGAACGAUUCGUUAAACCAUCUUCUAUGGAUUUUUCUGGUUCGGCGAGCAAGGAUAAAACUGGGGGUAAAACUGUUAAAUACCCUUACUGGUCGUGGUGUCCAUGUUUUCAGUGUGACGUCAUGCGGCCCCCUCGAUGCCACCACUGCGCGCUAUGCAACACGUGUAUUCUCAAACGGGACCACCAUUGCUACUUCGCGGGCACCUGCGUGGGGUGGCGGAAUCUACGUCAUUUUGUGAUAUUCUGUCUGUGGGCAACGCUUGCGUGCUCCUACGCUCUUGUCCACGCCUUGUAUUACAUCUACCACUAUUUCUGGUUCCGGAUUUCAUACCUCGACUUCAUGCCACCAUUAACAGUAUUACGGAUGAUGCUCGGUUACACGUCUCCAAUAGUUGUUAUAUACAUGUCUGUCACAUGUUUUUUGUUCUAUUUUGCUUUUUUAUCAGCUUCGUUCUUACUUGAACAUACAAUGAUGAUCAAGAAUGGAAUGACCUCAUUUGAACAUGACAAUCUGAACAGAAAAAAAAUUGAGAUCAUUGACAACCGUCCCCUAUCUGGAAGACUUCAGUCAGUGUUUGGACUUAACUGGGGCCUGAGUAUUUUUCUUCCAUUACACAAUGUGUACCCCCCAACUGAGGACCCUCUACUGUGGCCAACGAUUAAGGUACAACGUCAUACCUCGGAGUAAAACAUUCUGAAAAGCAGUUGCCAUCUCUCCAGCAAUCCCACACCGUCCAGAUUCCGUGAAAGGCUCCCACGGAACAGUGAUGUAAUUCACGAGCUGAGAUAGGUCGAUCUUACCGACAGUCACUACUGCAAUCACACUUAUCAUGAAACUGUACAUGUUUCUUACUCAUUUAAAAUAUUUGCUUUUACCAAAUAGAUGUACAUAUAUUUACUGGUAUAUGGAUUUUCUAUAACAUUGUUUAUAUGGCAUUUGUGAUUACAGCAUGUUGUGCCGCCGAAUCAUUUUUUAGAAUAUAUAUUAGGUAUUAGAUCGAUAUUUUCAAAUGGUAAAUAUUUCUACUGUACGGUGCCGCCAAAAUUGUUGCUGCUAUUGAUCACUUUGUGCUUUAAACUGUGUUGCCUGAAUGGCACAGUCUUGUAAACUUCCCGUUCAAUACGAAAGUAAAAACACCGAGUAUGGCA